AACCUCUCUACCUCCUCGAGAUUUGGCCAUAGAUUUUCCAAAUUCCCAAAUAAUUAGGCAAAUCCUCCUCCACCAAGUUGCCAUUAAUCCAACGACAAGCAGCGUAGAGAAGGAUGUUAAAUGUGUGUUUGCACCAUUGCUAUUUUUUUUUUGAGUCACCUACCCUUAUGAUAUAUUUUGCACAACCUGAAAGGGGCUUCGUUAUGCCCUCAUUAAACAUAGUGUUUUGGAUGAGACCCUCAUUAAACAUAGUAUUGCAUAAAAAGAACAAGCCAGAAUACCCUAGUUUGCUUAUGGGGAACAAAAAUCAACAACUGAGCUAGUUUAAACAAAAUUAAUUUAUCCAUCCAAUGGCAAAAUCGAUAGAUUUAUCCAGUGGCUGGAGAACAGAUUGUAACUUUUAACUGCACUUACCCUUUUCAAACGCAACUGGAUCUAGAAAGAUACGAGGUAAGCUUCCUGGCCGCGAGAAAAGUACAAACACCGCGUCAACCAUUGCCUAGUGGCAGAACAUUCUGCGGGCUAGCCGGCUCCCGAUGAUCCACACUUGACGCGUUAGGAGGAAACGGACAAAAAAUACCACAUACGAAGAAUUAUAAUUUUUUUUUUUCCUUUCAAACUAAUUUUUCUGAUCGAUUGUACAAGGUACACGUAGUACGAACAACGAUGAUAGAUCGGAUGGCUCUCUCUUAAUCACCAUCUCCAUUAGAUCCCUUAAACACAUGUAUCAUAGUCGCAGACGUCUCCGCGUGGGAAGGUUUCCUUCUUCAACAAUACUAAAAAGCCUCCUUUGAAGGCCGUUUGCUAAGUAUAACGGGCUUGUAUCCGUAAAAAUUAUCUUUCCGAGACUACUAAAUCCUUUGGGUUUGCUAUCUAUAGAUGAGCGGAAUUCAAUAAUCCCAUGCUAUCUAUAUAAGAAGUAGAAGAAGAAAAGUACGGAAACGUGAGAGUAAGAGAGAAAGUGGUGUGGCUCCUCACCGCGCGUCCCCCGCACCACGGAUUUCGGAGUGCAAACACCAUCGCGGCAAAACAAGAACGAGGGAGAGACAAGAGGCGGUUCUUUAACGCCCACCAUCACCGUCGUUUCCCGGGCUUUUCUCCCCCCCUUUCUUCUCAAUCUCCAAUCCCUUCUCCCUUUCUCUAUCUCUUGGUGUUAGAAACAAAUUAAUCCUCGGAAAUUCCGGCCAUGGUCACGAUCGCCGGGGCCAUCCCGACGAACGCAGCCACCACCAGUCCCAUCAUCUCCGGCCCGAGGCGGCGUCUGACGGACUCCGGCGAACCGGAGAGGUCGUUCCAGUCCGAGGACGACGACGAGGAGGACACCGACGCCCGCGCCCACUCGCCGGCUCCCGGGCGGAUCUCGGCGUUGAGAUCGCUCUUCUUGCGGAGGACGGCCGGCAAGGCCGCCGGCAGCGGCGGCGGCGGAGGUGGCGGGGGGAGAUUGGGGAGAUGGAGCGCGUGGAAUAUUGGGGCGCUAGUGUUCGCCGUCCUCCUGUCGCUGGUGGCGCUUUCGGCGUUCUUGAUUUCACACCGGAUUGGUAGUUUCUCGGAACGGCAGAGUGCGGUCCACCAGAUGGGCGGUCGUGAGGAGGCGUUGAGCGCUAUGUGGGAGAUCGAGGGGAUGGCCCGGAGCCGCCAUCCACCUCCGAUCCCUGAGAUUUGGAUGAAACCACAUAGUGAUGGCUACCGACAAUGCAUUGAACGUCCAAGAAAACAUCAAAGGACUAGUGAUGUCACGGCUGGAUAUCUGAUGUUUCAUGCUAAUGGUGGCUUGAAUCAGAUGAGAAUGGGAAUUAGUGAUAUGGUUGCCAUAGCAAAGCUAAUGAAUGCAACACUUGUAAUUCCUACACUGGAUCAUCAUUCCUUUUGGACAGAUCGAAGUGAAUUUAAAGAUAUAUUUGAUAUGAAGCACUUCAUUGAUGUCCUUAAAGAUGAUAUAAUGAUCGUGAAAUCUCUUCCACGAAAAUAUGCAGCAAUGAGGCCCUAUCGAAGAGCGCCUAUCUCCUGGUCUAAGGCUUUCUAUUAUAAAGCUUUUGCGCCAAUCUUGAAGAAGUAUAAGGUGGUCAUGUUUACUCAUUCAGACUCUCGGCUUGCCAACAAUGGCCUUCCACCUUCACUUCAAAAGAUUCGAUGUCGUGCGAAUUACAAGGCACUUCGAUACACACCACAAAUUGAAGAAUUGGGGAAGAAACUUGUUGAGAGGUUGAAAAAUGAAAGCAACCAUUAUAUUGCACUCCAUUUAAGAUAUGAGAAGGACAUGCUCUCAUUUACUGGUUGCAACCACAAUCUGACAUUACAAGAGGCUAAAGAGCUACAAGAUUUGCGUUAUAGUGUGAAGCAUUGGAAGGAGAAAGAAAUUAAUAGCGAAGAGAGAAGAAUGCAAGGGGGUUGCCCAAUGACUCCCCGAGAAGUUGCUAUAUUUUUAAAGGCUAUGGGCUAUCCUUCCACAACAAAUAUUUAUAUUGUUGCAGGAAAAAUUUACGGUACCAAUAGCAUGAAUGCACUAAGGGCAGAAUAUCCAAAUAUUCAUGCACAUGAUAGUUUAGCAACAACCGAGGAAUUGAAGCCUUUUAUGAUGCACCAAAACCAGCUUGCUGCUCUAGACUAUCUUGUAGCUCUGAAAAGUGAUGUUUUUGUGUAUACCUAUGAUGGUAAUAUGGCUAAAGCUGUGGAAGGUCAUAGAAGAUUUGAAGGAUUUCUCAAGACAAUCAAUCCUAAUAGACAAAGGUUCAUGAAAUUAAUAGAUCAGCUGGAUGAAGGAGCAAUAACGUGGGACAAAUUCACACAUAAGGUGAAGAGGGAUCAUGCUAAUCGACUUGGAGGUCCAUAUGAAAGAAGAGGAGGAGAAACUCCACGACUAGAGGAGUACUUUUAUGCCAAUCCUCUACCUGGCUGUUUGUGCAAAAAAACAUACAGAUAAAGUUAUCAACGAAAUAUAUUUUUGGUUUCAUUUUGCAAAGUUCAACAUUUGCAACAUCAAAACAUCAUGGACAGUUGUAGAGGUUUCUUUCAUAUGAUCAGUUUGUUUCCGGCUGAAGUUCAAAAAAGGUUAAAUUACGAAUACAAUUCUUGUUGUACAUUUAGGUGGAUAAAGUGUAUAGAUUUAUUUUUUUUUAAUUUUUUCCCCAUAUAGGGUUUGUUAGAAUUGCUUGUUUCAACAAGGGCAUUACUUUGUACAACAACAUUUCCUUUUGCAAUUCAUUUGAUUCUUUCUUUGAAAUUCCUUUUGUUCUGUAUGACGAUCCUCUAAUUUGAAUAAUUUAUGAUCCUUUUUUUUUA